UCCUUCUGGGUUGGAAUCAUUUGACGGGAUGAUGAAAGGGCUAAAAAGAAAGAAAAUUGUUGUGUUUUUGGAUUAUGAUGGAACUCUUUCUCCCAUUGUUGAUGAUCCUGAUCGAGCUUUCAUGUCUUCUGAGAUGAGGGAGGCUGUAAGAGAAGUGGCAAAAUGCUUUCCAACGGCGAUAAUAAGUGGAAGAAGCCGAGAUAAAGUAAAAGAGUUCGUGAAAUUAAGUAAUGUUCAUUAUGCUGGGAGCCAUGGAAUGGACAUUACCAUGACUCCAACUUCCGACAAUGAGGUCGAUGGGGUUUCUUUUCAACCAGCCAAGAAAUUUCUACCAGCAAUUCAACAAAUUAGGGAAGUGUUAGAGGAAGAAAUUACUAGAAAAAUUGAAGGGGCAAUGGUGGAGGAUAAUAGAUUUUGUGUUUCAGUGCACUUUCGACAUGUUCAUGAGAGGGAUUUGGAAAAUUUGAAAAGGAAAGUAGAGACUGUUCUUGAAAGAUAUCCUGAUUUUCAUAUAACUUUAGGAAAAAAGGUUAUGGAGAUAAGACCUACCAUAAAUUGGAACAAAGGGCAUGCAAUGGAAUAUUAUCUACACACUCUUGGACAUACUAAUGUAGACGAUGUCGUUCCUCUAUAUAUUGGAGAUGAUCGAACCGAUGAAGAUGCUUUCAAGGUAAUACAAAAGAGAGGGCAAGGGAUUGCAAUACUUGUAUCAUCAAUACCAAAGAACACGAGAGCAUCAUACUCUUUGAAGGAUCCACCACAAGUUCUGGCCUUUUUGUUAAGGCUAGCAAGAUGGAGGAAGUCCUCACCUUGAUCUUCAAUAACAAACCCACCUCCUUAGAUUUAGAGAUAAAUAGAGGAGGUGAUUUUUAGAAAAAUAUUUAGGCAUAUAGGUAUCCACCAAAGUGCAUGUAUAUGACUUUGGAAAUUAAACAAGAUAUGGAGAUACCUAAAUCCUAUUAAUAUUUAUAAACACACAUGCGUUUUAUUUGUUGAUUAAUAUGAACAUAUAAUAACAUGUGUAUACACACAUUGUGCCCCUUUUUGGCAAAUUGAGCCUCAUUCAGAAGGUUGUUACAUCUAUUGGCUCAACAUUGUUAUAAUUUUAUUA